AUGAACUCGCUCAACAAGGUGUUGGCCAAGGCCACCGAGUUGGGUAUGCUACAACGGUUGGCGCGGCGGGAACUUGUGACCUCCUUGUCCCUAUAUGCGAAUGAUGUGGUGAUCUUCUGUCACCCGGAUGAGGCGGAGUUGCGUGCGGUUCGAGGCAUUCUGGAGCUCUUCGGACAAGCCUCCGGCCUACGCACCAACUUCGCUAAAUGCUCGGUUUUCCCCAUUGCCUGCAACAACGAGGAGGCCGAUGGCGCUGCGGAAUUCAUGGAGUGCCAGCUAGCGCCUUUUCCGAUAAAGUACCUAGGCAUCCCUCUGUCCACCACGCGACUGACGACGGUGUCAUUCCAGCCCCUAUUGGAUAGACUAGCUGACAAGCUGCCGACGUGGAGUGCAUCUAUGAUGCCGCGCGCUGGGCGCUUGGCGCUGAUACGCGCGGCGCUUGCGGCGAUCCCGCUGCACCAGCUGAUGGUACUUGGCCUGAACAAGAAGAGGCUCAAGCAGGUCAACAAGAUCUUGCGAGGGUUUCUAUGGGUGGGCAGGGCUGAGGCCAACGGAGGCAACAACCACAUGAACUGGGCUAGGGUGUGCCGACCGCUUAACCUAGGUGGGCUCAGAAUCCCAGACCUUGCACGGAUGGCCACCAGCCUUAGGGUGCGCUGGCUGUUGAGGAUGCGCACGGACCCCCCGAGACCGUGGCGCGGGCUGGAUAUGCAGUUCUCGAAGGCGGAGCUGGACAUCUUUGCAGCAUCCACCUCGAUGGUGGUGGGUAAUGGAGAGUCCGCCCUCUUCUGGGAGGACCUGUGGAUGGACGGCAGAUCCAUCAAAGAGAUGGCACCGGAAGUGUACGAGCUGGUACCGAAACGACGCAGGAAGGCACGUAUGGUACGCGAGGCGCUGCUCGAUCUAUGUGCAGCUGUGGGGCUGGCUAAGAGGGUUCUAGCUAACGGCGGAACAAGACAUGAUGACCUGGUUGUGGACGACGGAUGGUGUUGGACGGGUGAGAAACUGGCGCGUCGGGGCCUUCCGCAUGCGCCCAGAUGCCCGCUCUGUGAUCAGUCCGAGGAGACCAUGCCGCACCUUCUCCCAGGAUGCUCAUUCUCCAGGACGAUCUGGUUCGAGGUCCUCUCGUGGAUUCGAUCCACCUCGGAACCUCCUUCGGAGGGCGACUUCGUGGAGUGGUGGUCGCUGGUGGUGCGGACUACCCCUCGCCAGCUGCUCAAGGGUACCUCGUCGAUUAUCAUGCUCACAGCAUGGUGGAUCUGGAAGCAUCGGAACGCUGCGAUCUUUGACAACGCACAGCCUUCGGUGCGUUCCUUGUUCAACGACAUCAGGACGGAGGCGCGGCAGUGGGUGGACGCGGGAGCCCGGGGUGUUCGCCAGCUACUCUCCUAG